AUGGGAACAGGAUGGACUUGCCCUGCACCUUCCCUCCUCACGCUCCUCUGUUACUGUUACGGACAGCUCUUGCCACCGUUCAGCACUGUGGCUGACCCAAGCUUAGACGAGUUCUACAAUGAGACCGAGGCCCAGCUGUUUCUGCAGUUCUAUGAUCAAACAGCCCAGGUUGUGUUGAACCAGUUCAUGGAAGCCGCUUGGGACUAUGCCACCAACAUCACCAGGAAAAAUCAGGAGGAGAUGCUGCACAGGGAGGUGGAGCGGUCCCAGUUCCUGACCUUCUUCGGCACCCGGGCCCGCCUGUUCCAGACCGGCCAAUUCCAGGACCCGGCCGUGAAGCGAAUGCUGAGUAAGCUGAAGGACAUAGACAAGGCGGCCCUGCCCAAGGACGAGCUCUGGGAGUACAACAAGCUUCUGGCCUACAUGGAGACGUCGUACAGUAUGGGCCAGGUGUGCCUGAAUGAGGGGCCCUGCCUGCCCCUGGAGCCCGACCUCGAAGACAUCAUGGCCAACUCAAGGGACGAGAAGGAGCUGCUGUGGGCCUGGCAAGGCUGGCGGGAUGCUGUGGGGCGCCAGCUGCGCCCCAACUUCCCACACUACGUGCAGCUCAGCAACAAGGCGGCUCAGCUCAACGGUUACAAGGACAUGGGGGCUAUGUGGCGUGCCAAGUAUGAGUCCGACACCCUGGAGCAAGACCUGGAGCGGCUCUUCCAGGAGCUGCAGCCGCUCUACCUGAACCUGCACGCCUACGUGCGCCGCGCCCUGCACCGCCACUACGGGCCCGAGGUCAUCGAUGUGAGGGGGGCCAUCCCUGCCCACCUGCUGGGGAACAUGUGGGCCCAGUCCUGGGUCAGCAUCCUGGACCUGGUCCUGCCCUUCCCAGAGAAGCCCCCUGAGGACAUCACAAGGAUCAUGAAAGGCCAGCACUGGAAUCCGGAGAAGAUGUUUGAGGAGGCUGAGAAGUUCUUCACCUCCUUGGGGCUGCUGUCCACCCCCGCUGACUUUUGGAAGAAGUCCAUGCUAGAGAAGCCAAGUGACGGGCGGGAGGUGGAGUGCCACGCCUCGGCCUGGGACUUCUACAACAGCAGGGAUUUCAGGAUAAAGAAGUGCACCGAGGUGACCAUAGAAGACCUGCUCUCCAUCUUCCACCAGAUGGGCCAUAUCCAGUACUUCCUGCAGUACAGGAACCUGUCCGUACCCUUCCGCGCAGGGGCCAACCCAGCCUUUGAAGAGGCCGUGGGGUCGGUGAUCACCCUCUCCGCCUCCUCGCACAAGCACCUGCUCAACAGAGGCCUGCUCAGUCUCCAGCACCAGGACGCAGAUGAGGAGGUGAACUUCCUGAUGAGCAUGGCCCUGGAGAAGGUCGCCUUCGUCCCCUUCAGCUACCUCGUGGACCUGUUUCGCUGGAGGGUCUUUGACAACACCAUCCGGAAAGAUACCUACAAUCAAGAGUGGUGGAACCUCAGGCUGAAGUACCAGGGCCUGUGCCCACCUGUUCCUCGGUCCGAGGACGACUUUGAUCCAGGCGCCAAGUUCCACAUUGCUGCCAGCGUUCCCUACCUACAGUACUUUCUCAGCACUGUGCUUCAGUUCCAGUUCCACGAAGCGCUCUGCAAGGCCUCGGGCCACGUGGGCCCGCUGCACCGGUGUGACAUCUAUAACUCCAAGACAGCUGGGAAGCUCCUGGGGGACAUGUUAAAGCUGGGCUCGAGCAGGCCCUGGCCAGAGGUCCUACAGGAACUGACAGGGCAGUCCAACGUGUCCACAAAGGCCCUCAUGACCUACUUCAAGCCCCUGCUGAACUGGCUGGUGACUGAGAACGUGCAGCAUGGGGAAGUGCUGGGCUGGCCGGACUUCAGCUGCUCCUUUGAAGAAAAAAUCUCAAGCAGAGCGGCAUUCCUGGGUCUGGAGGUGGAGCCUGACAAGGCCACGUUCUGGCAGUGGGGGCUGCUGGCCCUGAGCUUGACCAUGGUCCUCGUGGUCCUGGGGCUGGCCUGCAGGCUGUACUCCCUGGAGAAGCAGUCACUGGCCCAGGACUCCUCCAUACUCAGCACCCUGCCCUACACUUACUUCCUGGGUAUGGCCGUGGAACCCCGCCAGGCUGCCAGAAGGCAGUGGAUCCUGCUGGCCAUCUGCCUCUUGCUCGUGCUGUGCUCCAUCGGCUUGACCAUUCGGAUCUUCACACAGCACCACAGGCAGCCUCCGUGGAUGAGAACUAAAUGGUGGAGCUGGGACUAG